AUGUGUGGAAGAUAUGUUCUCAGCAUGAGGCCCGGCCAAUAUCGACAAAGAUUGGUAGAGCAAGACAUGCCCGUAGAAGAAGCUCCCGCCGACGACGAAAUCCGGUCAACCUACAACUUCGCCCCAAGCUACCACGGCCUGAUCUACCGCGCCAACACAUCCGACCGCGGCGGCGGCGAUGAACAAAGUGAACCCCGCGACGGCGAAUCAUCACCCAAAAAGGUCAAACUCUCCCACUCCUCAUCAACUCAACCCCAAGUCGACGGCCUCGCCACCAAACAAACAAAAUACAAACUCCAAGCCGCAAAAUGGGGCCUCAUUCCCUUCUGGACCAAACGCCCUCCGGACUACGCCAGCCAAAUGCGCACCAUCAACUGCCGAGACGACAGCCUGAUUGAAAACCGUGGCCUGUGGAACACGAUGAAGCAGCGCAAACGGUGCAUCGUCAUCGCCGAAGGCUUCUACGAAUGGCUGAAGAAGAACGGCGGCAAAGUCCCGCACUACACGAAACGCAAAGACGGCCAACUAAUGUGUUUCGCGGGCCUAUGGGACAUGGUGCAGUACGAAGACAGCGAGGAGAAGCUGUACACCUACACCGUCAUCACGACGGACUCGAACGCGCAGCUGAAAUUCCUGCAUGAUCGCAUGCCGGUGAUAUUGGAGCCGGGGAGUGAGGAGAUGAGGAAGUGGUUGGAUCCGAGCCGGGUGGGUUGGGAUAAGGAGUUGCAGGGCAUGUUGAAGCCUUUUGAGGGGGAGUUGGAGUGUUAUCCUGUCGAUCAGGCGGUAGGGAAAGUCGGGAAUAAUUCUCCAAGUUUUUUGAUCCCGAUUGAUAGUAAGGAGAAUAAGAAGAAUAUUGCGAAUUUCUUCGGGACGCAGAGGGCGACUGCUAAGGAGGUGGCGGCGAAGAAUGAGAUUAAGAGGAGGAAUGAUGAGGAGGCGGAGGGCAAGCAGGAUCCGGACGAGGACCGUGAGACGAUGAUGAAGGUUGAGUCGACGGAGGAUAAUGCUCCGUUGCCGAAGCCGAAGGACGAGUCGGAGCAGGACUUGUCUCAGCGUAUUGAGGACGAUAAUGCGAAAGGACCGCCCAAGAAAGCCAUCAAGACAGAAGAGUCGAAUGCUUCGCCGUCGAAGAGCUCUCAGGUGAAGAAGCCGGCGGGCAAGAAAACCAGAAGUGCAGUGUCGAAUGAGAAGGUUGCGAAGACGCCGACGAAAGGAGGAAAUGCCAAGAUUACCAGUUUCUUUGGGAAGUGA